UCAUUAAAGUUGAUUACUCAAAUUAAUUGAGGAAACAUAUAACGAAUAUACAUACAUAAUAUAGUUAAUUUUAAAUUAUAUGAAAUUCAUAGAUAAAUGUAAAUUAAAUUAAAAAAAUGGAAAAAACAAAUAUGGAUAGUUAUUAUCAAAGAUUAACAGGAUUUCCAAAUGUAUCACAUGGAACUGGUAACAUCAACAAUGAUUUUGAACCAUUAUUAAAUUUCAAUACAAAUAUUAGUUCAACAAAUGUAUUUAAAGAUUUUGUUGGCGAUGGAGGCGGUGGUAUUCGUGAAGGUGGAGUGAGUGGUGGUCCAAAUGCUAAUGGUUUCUUAGGCAACAGUGGUUUUUAUACUGUAGGAGAUAGGACAACACAAUUUUUGAGUAGCAUUACUACAGUAACACCAUCACCGAAUGAAGAUGAAUUAUUUCAAGAAUACUCAGAAGGAUUAUUAACUUUUGCAUCUGUAUGUUGCAUUAUAUUUAUAUUAAUCGGUGUUCCAGGAAAUUUAAUUACAAUAAUCGCUUUAGCUAGAUGUAAAAAGGUUCGAAACGCAACGGCGGCAUUCAUAAUAAAUCUUUCCUUAUCAGAUUUAUUAUUUUGCUGUUUUAAUCUUCCAUUAGCAUCAUCAACGUUUUGGAGACAUGCAUGGAUUCAUGGUGAAACAUUAUGUCGUUUAUUUCCAUUAAUGCGUUACGGUUUGUUGGCAGUCUCUGAUUUUACUGUACUUGCUAUUACAAUAAAUCGUUAUGUUAUGAUAGGACAUCCAAGAAUAUAUCAAAGAAUAUAUCGACGUUGGCAACUGGGUGUUAUGGUAAUAUCAAUAUGGGUGUGUGCAUUUCUUUCAUUGAUACCAACCUGGCGUGGUGCGUGGGGUCGUUUCGGAUUAGAUAAAGAAAUUGGUUCAUGUACUAUAUUACCGGACAAAAAUGGUGUUACACCAAAAGAAUUCUUCUUUGUUAUGGCAUUCAUUGUGCCAUGCAUAUUUAUAAUAGUUUGUUAUGCCAGAAUAUUUUAUAUUGUUCGAAAAACAGCAAUGAAAAGUCAUGAUCCCGUUUUAACAUCAAAUUCUGUGAAGAUAUUAUGUAAAUCACAGCAAUCAUUAAAUAAAGAUGCCGACCGACACUUAUUAGAAAAAGUUGGUAAAGGAUCAAAAGAAGAAACGUCAUCAUCAUCUGCUACAUCAAACAGUGGAGCUAGUGGCAGUGGCACUAGUACCGGUAGUGGUUAUGCACCACCUCUAAUGACAUCAUUGCAUAACCAACAACAACAACAGCAACAACAAUAUAAAAAUCACCACAAUAUUAUUAAAGAAAAUCUGGAACAUCAGCAACAAAAGAUACCCCUAAUAAGACCGUAUUUAACAAAAUUACGUGAAGAAGAUUUAAAAUUUAUUGAUACAAGUGUUGAAAGUUUAAAUCCAUCACAAAAUAAUUCUGUUUCCGGAAAUUUUAAUAAUAAUAAAUAUUGGGAAAGACGUGAAGGUACUCCAGGUGUUGAGUCGAUACAGCAAGAUAUUAGUGGAGAUGAUAAAGAUAUUGCAAUAAAAAAUGACGAUUCAGCAUAUGAAACGGUUUCUCAUAGUUUAAUAAAUAGCAGCAGUAACAAUGUCUAUCACAUUACAAAUAGUAGUAGUGGUAAAAACGGUGAAAGGUGUGGCGGCAUUACUGAUACAGGUGAACCAAUUCAUAUUGAACCAUCAUCAACAUCUGGUGUUGGGGAAUUGCCAUUAGAUUCACCUGAAAAAAGUCAAAAUAAGCGUCGAUUUAUACGAAAAUCAAUAAAAAAUUCUAUCAAUCGCUUAACAACUAAUAAAUCUGAACGUAAAGCAUCAACAUUUUUGAAUAAUACAUCAGCAGCAUCAAUUUUAUAUCCUGGAAGAAUGAGUCAAAAGGAUCGAAGAUUAUUAAAAAUGAUAUUAGUUAUAUUUUUAUCUUUUGUUAUUUGUUAUUUACCAAUAACGGUUACCAAAAUAUGGAAAGAUGUUACAAAAAUUCAUAUUGUCAAUAUUAUGGGAUAUUUAUUAAUUUAUUUAACAACAUGUAUCAAUCCAAUUAUUUAUGUUGUAAUGUCAUCAGAAUACCGUCAAGCCUAUUGGAAUCUAUUACUUUGUAGGACAAAUAAGCCAGGACGCAAUGGUGGAGUUGGCGGCGCUGCUUGUGUUGGAGGUGGUUGCGCACCUUUGAUGUCAUCAAAGCGUAAAAAUAGUAGUAAACCAAAUAUUAGGUCUAGUCAAAGAACGUGACGCAAUAACAUUUGAAUUAUUUAAUUAAUUAUGUAUGUGAAAAGCGAAUUUAAAUGAUAAAAAUUUGAGAAUUUUUUGAAUAAUUAUCAAUACAAUUGAAAUAUUCUUAAAAUCUGUUUCAAAUCGUAAGCAUUUUUUUUUUAAGUUAAAAUGUUGUUUUACAUUUUAUGCUUAGAAUUUACGAACAUGUCCAAAGAAUGUUGAAGAAUUGAUAUCCAAAGAUGUUUUCAUAUUUAAUAAAGCCAAAUAAAGCAAACCAGUGUUAUAUUGCCUGGAAAUAUGUAAAAUAUAGAAGAAUCACUUAAAUAACCAUUGUAAUCUAUAAUUUGAAACAUUUUUAAUUUAUUACUUAAAAACCAUAUUUUAAAGGCUGAACACUUUUUUUAACACAUAAAUUUAAAAAAAGUUAAAGUAUAAGGUUGUAAAAGUUAAAUUAAAAUUAAUUUUGAUAUCUUAUUUUAUUUUUUCAA